AUGAGAUUUAUCAAUGAUGGAGAGUUUUCUGACAAUGAGUCAUCUGAUAGUAUGCCAUCAUUAUCUUCAACAGAUGAUGAACUUCAAGUUAAAAAGUCUAAUGAAUUAUCAUUAAAAUCUAGUAUGCAACAGCAAAAAUUAACAAUUUCUAAAGACCCUGGAUGGUCUCCUUUAAAAUGUUCGGUGAUUGAAUCUUCAGAUGCACAAAUUACAUCAACUCCAGUUCCUCAAAAAACUGACCCAUUUAUCACAGAUAUUAAAAGUUUGAAAUCUAAAUCCAAAUACUACCAUAAUGAUAUUGGUAAUAGUAGUGUUCCUUCAGAGGAUGAUGUAAAUGCACAGACAAAUCAUUCUAACAAAACUUCUUUGACCACCAAGAUAGCUAUUUUAUCUCCUCAAAAGUUUGUAGACAAUAGUAGUGGUUUAAACAGUACUAUCAUUGCUAAAGGAGAUCACCCACAUUCAUCAUUAGCUAAAAGAAGUUUAUUUUCUGACUUGGAUGAAUCUCCAAGCCUCGUUGUAAUUGACAGUCCGAUAAACAUUUCUUCAAGAACAUUAUCUGGUGUGUUUUGA